UUUUUGCCGGUACAGCGCGGGAGGGCGGUGCAUGCGCAGUGCCGAAGGGUCCCUAGGCCUGCCUUGAGGGAAAGCGGGGGAGAAGUCCUCUGUGUGGCGGCGGGCUAGAGGCUGAAGAAGAGCGCAGGAGGAGGCAGCGGCAGAGGCACAUACUGACGUAGAAAUUCAUGCUCUUCUGCUGGGAAUAUUUUUAAGGCACUUUUUUUCUCAUGAGACACUUCUGCAAUCAGUAAUUUUAGAGCAUCUGUAUUUAUCAUCAAGAAAAGUAUAAAGACAAGGCGUACAAAUGUCUACCACAAGACUAAAGUGUGACAUGUUAUGUUCUUUACCAUAAGCAACCAUAAAAUGAGCUCCAUUGCAGACAGAGAUGAUGGUAGCAUUUUUGAUGGUCUCGUGGAAGAAGAUGACAAGGAUAAAGCAAAGAGAGUAUCAAGAAACAAGUCUGAAAAGAAACGCAGAGAUCAGUUUAAUGUUCUCAUCAAAGAGCUGGGAUCCAUGCUUCCAGGCAAUGCUCGGAAGAUGGACAAAUCCACUGUGUUGCAGAAGAGCAUUGACUUUUUACGGAAGCACAAAGAAAUUACGGCACAGUCAGAUGCCAGUGAAAUCCGACAAGACUGGAAACCCACAUUCCUUAGUAAUGAAGAAUUUACUCAGUUAAUGUUAGAGGCUCUUGAUGGUUUUUUUCUCGCAAUCAUGACAGAUGGAAGUAUAAUAUACGUAUCAGAAAGUGUAACCCCUUUACUUGAACAUUUGCCAUCUGACCUUGUGGAUCAGAGUAUAUUUAAUUUUGUCCCAGAGGGAGAACAUUCAGAGGUUUAUAAAAUAUUGUCCACUCAUUUGUUAGAAAGUGAUUCAUUGACUCCGGAAUAUUUAAAAACAAAAAAUCAGCUAGAAUUCUGUUGCCAUAUGCUCCGUGGGACAAUAGACCCCAAAGAGCCUCCUACAUAUGAAUAUGUAAAAUUUAUAGGAAACUUCAAGUCUUUGAGUAACAUGCCUAACUCUGCACAUAAUGGUUAUGAAGGAACCAUACAGCGGCCUCAUAGGCCUUCUUAUGAAGAUAGAGUUUGUUUUGUAGCUACAGUUAGGUUAGCUACACCUCAGUUUAUCAAGGAAAUGAGCACUGUUGAAGAACCCAAUGAAGAGUUCACCUCUAGACAUAGCUUAGAAUGGAAGUUCCUUUUCUUGGAUCACAGGGCACCUCCAAUAAUAGGUUAUUUACCAUUUGAAGUGUUGGGAACAUCUGGCUAUGAUUAUUAUCAUGUGGAUGACUUAGAAAAUCUGGCAAAAUGUCAUGAACACUUAAUGCAAUAUGGAAAAGGGAAGUCCUGUUACUACAGAUUUCUUACAAAGGGGCAACAAUGGAUUUGGUUGCAGACUCAUUACUAUAUCACUUAUCACCAGUGGAAUUCUAGACCAGAGUUCAUCGUAUGCACUCACACAGUAGUAAGCUAUGCAGAAGUUCGAGCAGAAAGGCGGCGUGAACUUGGUAUUGAAGAAUCUCUUCCAGAAAUAGCAGCUGAUAAAAGUCAAGAUUCAGGUUCUGACAAUCAUAUAAAUACAGUAAGCCUCAAAGAAGCAUUGGAGAGAUUUGAUCACAGCCCCACACCUUCUGCUUCUUCUAGGAGUUCAAGGAAAUCCUCUCAUACUGCAGUUUCGGACCCUUCAUCUACACCAACAAAACUGACCAUGGAUACUAGCACUCCUCCAAGGCAGAGUUUGUCCACUCAUGAAAAGUCUGCACAAAGAAGGGCGUCGCUUGGUAAUCAGUCUUUAAGUUCACAAUCUGUUGGACAACCAUUAGCACAACCAAUAAUGCCCCAACCUACAACUCUGCAGAUUCAGCAAGGCAUGUCUCAGCCUAUGCUUCAGUUUUCUGCUCAACUAGGAGCCAUGCAGCACUUAAAGGACCAACUGGAACAAAGAACGCGAAUGAUAGAGGCAAACAUUCAUCGACAGCAAGAAGAGUUGCGUAAAAUUCAGGAACAGCUCCAAAUGGUCCAUGGUCAAGGCCUCCAGAUGUUUUUGCAGCAGUCAGCUCCUGGAUUAAACUUUGGUUCUGUGCAGCUGACUUCUGGAAACCCAUCGAACAUUCAACAGAUUACACCACUUAACAUGCAAGGUCAGGUUGUUCAAACAAAUCAGAUCCAAGGUGAUAUGAACACGGGUCAUAUUGGUACUCAACACAUGAUACAGCAGCAGCCCCUGCAAAGUACCACAGCUCAGCACAGUCAACAAAAUGUUCUGAGUGGGCACAGUCAACAGACUUCUCUUGCUUCUCAGUCUCAGAACACGCUUUCAGCCCCCCUGUAUAACACUAUGGUGAUUUCUCAGCCAGCCACAGGAAAUGUUGUUCAAAUUCCUUCUACUUUACCACAAAGUAACAACCAGAAUGCUGCCAUUACCACAUUUACCCAGGACAGACAAAUCAGAUUCUCUCAAGGCCAGCAGCUCGUAACAAAACUAGUCACUGCUCCUGUAGCUUGUGGAGCAGUCAUGGUACCAAGUACUAUGUUUAUGGGGCAGGUGGUUACGGCCUAUCCUACUUUUGCUGCACAGCAGCAGCAGCCACAAACAUUAUCAAUAACACAGCAGCAGCAGAGCCAGCAGGAGCAGCAGCAACAGCAGCAGCUUGCUACCAUUCAGCAGCCACCUCAGACUCAGCUGACUCAGCAUCCGCAGCAGUUUUUACAGACAUCUCGGUUGCUCCACGGAAACCAGUCAACUCAGCUUAUUCUCUCUGCUGCUUUCCCACUGCAACAAAGCACUUUCACCCCAUCACACCACCAGCAGCAUCAGUCCCAGCAGCAACAGCAGCAACCGCAGCAGAUUUCACGGCACAGAACUGACAGCAUGACUGAGCCUUCCAAAGUUCAGCCGCAAUAGCGUGGAGGCUCUGCUGCUUCCAAAGGCAAGCAAAGAGAAGAGGCUGCUCACACAUAGUUGCACUGGCGAUGAGAGAGAGGAGACUGCAGACUUCGCCAAGUGCAGUAUUGAAUAUUCAUCUAAAUGCUUGGAAUGUGUCUGCUGAGGAAAGAAUGUGAGAUGCUUCUGAAAGGUACCAUUGGUACAGAUCAGCAAAAAGGUGAUGGGGACGAGGCCAUGGCUCCCUUUGCCCCAGAGAUCUGGUUGCUCCAGCUUUUGUGUUUUGUUUUUCCUUCAAAGGCGUGUACUGCCACGUGUUAACUUGUCUGGAUCAAGUCUCAAAACUGAGUAGGGCACUUAAAUAAAUGUUUUUAGCAGUUCUCUCAGAUUAAGUGUUACAAUGGACAUGCUGUUGCUACAGCAGUUUGUUUUUUACAAUGCCUGCAAUUAUGCUCCAAAAGACAAUUUUUUUCAUAUUAUGGGACAGUAGAUAUUUUCAAAAUAUUGUGUGGAAUCAAAAUUUUCAUUGUACAGAUGAUGUAAAAUACUGUGUAUAUGUCUGGAUAAAAGGCAAGAGCAGAAUAUUUUAUAUGAUGCAUGGAACUGUUGGUUUGAAUAAGUUUUUCCCUGAAUUUUCACACAAUUGCUCAAACUACAAUUUUCAUCUGUUUUUACCUAUUCGUCUUCUAUGACACGCUCCAUCAUUCUCACCUGUAAUGUGGGCACAAGUCUCCUGUCUGUGCUUUAUCUGUGAUGUAAGAGUUUGUUCAAUGAGGUGAUAUAGUGUUCUGGUUUGUGGAAAUUUUGGAGUUAUAUUAUUGAUGAAACACUUUGAACUGUGAGUGGUUAUGCAUCAGAGUUCAAGGCAUUCAGUUUCUUAAAUAUCAUUUGUAAUUUCAUAGAUAUUUCAAUUUUUUUUCCGUUGAGGGAAAAAUAGGAAUUUGCACUGCUAUAUUGUGGAUGGUUUGGAAUUUUACUCCCCAAAGUUAUCUUUUGAUAUAAUUCAUAGUUGGAAAUAUUUAUGUAACAAAUAAGGUUUAAAAAUAUGAAAGAGAUUUUCAAGAAUGUCUCAAAUAUAGGAGUAAUUUGCACAAAAUAUAUUUGAAUUUAAUAAUUGUAGGCACUUUUUAACUUUCUCUGUGGUGAGAAAUGUGACUUCUCGGAAUAUGUUGGAAUCUUUUUAUUCUCCUUUGGAAAUUUUGUCCAUCAAUUAGUCAGAAAUGAUUCAGGGUUGUUUGAAACAAAACAGAACAAAAAUACCCAUAGUGCCUUGGUUUUGAUUCAGGUGAUAAUGUUAAAUAUAUCAAAUUACAGUCCGUUGAAUCCGUGGCCAUUUUUGAAGUCUUAGAACAUUGUUAACAAAGCAUGCUUCAUAUUUCUCUACUAUAUUUGUAUAUUCAAGUAUUUUGAAAAUUAUACUAAUUGAGAUCUGAAGUGUUUUGAAAACAUUGGCACUGUUUUAACCACUAACCCUGGUGCAUGCCAUUUAAAUAUUUUAUUUUUGAAGUAGCUGCCUGAUAAGAAGUGCAGUUCUCCUAAACGAUAUCAGUAUAGAGAUGAAUAGCAGUUAGUAUAAUUCCUUUGUUACUGAAAUUUAAUGGAAAAUAUUAAAAAGAGAUUGUCAGCACUUCAGCUUUUAAAAGGGAUAGUGUUAAACGAAGACUUCGGAUGGUAAAUUCACUUUAAAGAUAAUAAAAAGUUCCAACAGAAAUUCUGUACACUUAAAAAAAAAUACAGCAAGUAGAUUUUAUGGUACUAGUUUUAAAAACCACAUCUGCAGAGCAAAAUAGAUUGGGUGGCAAAAUGGGGGGGGAAUGGUUAGAGCAGGGAAUGUCUGAAUUAAGGAGUAUUAUAGAGGAGCUUUAUUAAUAUAACCAAAGUGCGGUGGGAUGCUAAGAUUGUAAUUCUGGGUAAACAAAGCCUGCAUAAAAAGCAACACCAUGUAGCAAAUGAUAGCAGCAAUGAUUUCCGUUCUAUGUUCCCUCCCCCUCCCCAUUACAACUAACAGUAGAACUACAGUGAAAAAAGACAAAAUUAUAAGGAAUCAACCAAAGAAUUGGGACUAGUUCAUUCCCUUUUAGCCAGGACAGAGAACCUAUAUUGGAAACCACCUGACUGUGUUCAUUAAAGGGACUUUGUG